GUCCCUAAUCAACACCAACUAUCUGCAGAGAUGACGAAUAUGCAGCUUGAAAUAAUUUCCAAAAGCUGCAUUUCACCAUCUUCACCCACACCACCCCAUCUUAAGACCUACAAAAUCUCUCUACUCGAUCAAUUUUUACCAUCUGGCUAUUUCCACAUGAUUAUUUUCUAUCAGAAUUCCCAAGAACCAAACAUAAUUACCGAAAGAUCACUCUUGCUAAAGCAAUCCUUAUCUGAAACUUUAUCUCGGUUUUACCCACUUGCUGGUAAAGUUAAAGACAGAUUUUCCAUUGAUUGUAAUGAUGAAGGUGUGUUUUAUAUAGAAGCAAAAUCUAACAUUCUUUUAUCUCAGUAUCUUGCUCAACCUGAUCUAACCUCACUCAACAAAUUGUUGCCAAAUGCAAUUCGUGAGUAUGAACUUUCAUCUGGGUCUCAUGUUGCUUUGAUUCAAGAAACCACCUUUGCUUGUGGUGGCUUCGCCAUUGGUUUAUGUUUUUCUCACAAUGUUUGUGAUGGAAAUGGUAUGCAAAUGUUUGUAAAAGAUUGGGCUACGACUACACGUAAAUCUCCUACCAAACACACACACCCUUAUUUGGAUAUGGAGUCCAUUUUCCCACAGUAUACCUCAUUUCCAAGUGGGGUGAGCUUUUCUACUACUCUGUAUGCUCCGUUUUCAAAAGAAGGCAAGCACGUAAUGAAGAGAAUUGUGUUUAACGAAUUCGCCAUUGCCAAUCUUAAAGCCAAAGCAAGUUUAAACAAUAUUAACCCUAAUCCAUCGCGCGUUGAGGUAGUAACUGCAAUUCUCAGCAAAUGCCUUAUCUCUUCUUUCAAAAAUAAAACAGGUAUCGAUAAACCGCUUGCAAUUUGCCAUUCUAUGAAUUUGAGAAGAAAAGUGGAGCCCCCAUUACCAGAAUGUUCGUUCGGGAACAUGAUAGGCUUUGCUGGUGCAGUAUUCACAAAAAAGGAGAAAGAGUUGAGUGAGUUGGUGAGUGAACUAAGACAAUCAAUGAAAAAAAUAGAUAACGAUUUAUUGAAGAAGAUAAGAAGUGGAGGCGAAGAUGGGUUUAUCAAGUAUUAUAAUGCAAUGAAGGAGCUUAGAAAUUCAUAUGGUAGCAGAGGAGAAGUGGAGUUUGUUGGGUUUUCUAGUGGGUGUAACUUUGGUAUAUAUGAUUCUGGUUUUGAUUUUGGCUGGGGAAAGGCGAUAUGGGCAGCUUGUCUUGCACUGGAUGUGGAUGACUUGAAGGCGCCGCUUGCAAAUUUUGUAUUUUUGAUGGAUAGAAGAAUAGAUAAAGGAGUAGAAGCAUGGGUGUUGAUGGAGGAAGAUGAUUUUGAUGUUUUAGAAACAGACAAGGAGCUUCUUCAGUAUGCUUCCAUUAAUCCAUCUCCAAUCUAUUAAUAAUUUUGUAUUCUUCUUUAUUUCUUUUUGUUUUUUGUUUUUUUUUUCUCUUUCGUUUAAAAUAAAUAAAAGGAAAGAAAAAUUUUUAUUCACAAUGAUCCAAGUCUAUAUCAUAAGCUUUGGGAUAUAAGUGGAUGCCUUCAAAA